AUGGCCACGGCAAACAAGGACCAGAAGGCGAAGCCCAGCGCCUUGCGCUCCAUUCUCGCGGGUUCCUCUGCCGGAGCCGUGGAGAUCGCUAUUACUUAUCCUGCCGAGUUCGCAAAGACCCGCACACAACUCAAUCGCCGCCUCGCCGAGGGUCAGAAACUCCCAUGGCCGCCAUUUGGCAAGCAAUGGUAUGCAGGCUGUACAACAUUGAUCAUUGGAAACUCGCUCAAGGCCGGAAUUCGAUUCGUCGCCUUCGACGCUAUCAAGGCAACCCUCCAGGAUGAGAACGGGAAGAUCUCCGGCCCCAGGACCGUUGUUGCUGGCUUCGGUGCUGGCUUCACCGAGUCGCUUUUCGCUGUCACUCCUUUCGAAAGUAUUAAGACCCAGCUGAUUGACGACCGCAAGGCCGAGAAACCUCGCAUGCGCGGUUUCCUCCACGGUAGCAAGAUCAUCUGGCAGGAACGAGGUAUCAAGGGUUUCUUCCAGGGCUUUGUACCGACUACGGCCAGACAGGCUGCCAAUUCGGCGACUAGAUUCACGGCCUACACCACUUUGAAGCAAUUUGCCGAGGGCUAUGUUGCGCCCGGUGAGAAGCUGGGGACGAUGAGUACCUUUGCCAUUGGUGGUAUUGCUGGUAUUAUCACUGUCUACAUUACCCAGCCAUUGGAUACGGUGAAGACAAGGAUGCAAUCCCUCGAAGCUAGCAAGAACUACAAGAACAGCUUCGUAUGUGCCGCGAGAAUUUUCAAGGAUGAAGGCGUCUUGACCUUCUGGUCUGGAGCCGUGCCACGGCUGGCCCGUUUGAUUCUAAGUGGUGGAAUUGUGUUUACUAUGUAUGAGAAGUCUAUGGAGUUGCUGGAUAUCGCGGAUCCGGAGCGAAAGUAUCUUUGA